AUGAUGGCUUUAUGGGCCACAAAGUUGUCAAUCGGUUUGGACGACGACAAGCCUGUCGCUUGUCUGGUGUCCGCCAGAACCGAAAUCCAACUUUAUCUACAUGGAAAAAAGGGUGGGGAGAAUGUGCGACGCGCCAAGAGCCAAGAAGGGCCAAGAGCGGACAGUCGCCAUGGAACUGACCCACAGAGGCGGUCUUUCCUCAGCGCAAGAAGCUUGGACGAAAGAAGGAGCGGUCGCAGCGCUGGAUCCAACAUCAGCCGCACCGUGGAGACCUUUCCGUUUUUCUCGCCCGAGGCGGCAGCUGGAGAGAUUGCUUUUUGUAAUUUCAAGGCCAGUUGUCGUCGGUCGUGUGGGGGAGUGAUGGAGCUCGAAGGCAAGGUGAAUUGUUGCUUUGUGGGAGAUCAAGACCGCUGCCUAGACGCGGAUCCGGAGGCCUACCUACUUUCCUUGGCCUCCCCAUAUCAAGCGCCAAUCAUCCUGUUGUAUUGUUGUGUUUUUGUUGCGCGACAAACAUCAAGAUUGCGGCAAGCUCUUGUUUUUCAAGUGCACUGGGGUCUGGACAUGUGGCGUCACGACUGGAAGUUUCACGUGGAAACUCAGGAGCGCCAUGCCACAAUUCGUCCCCUCCAGUUAAGAAGUGAUCUUUAG